UUUAGUAAAAUGAAGCUUUAGAAUCAACAUGAAUGUCCUCUAUGACGGAACGUAAAAUGAGAUUUUUGAAAGACAUUGUUAUUUUUAUUUGGCUAUCCACCCUCUUUGCUCCGCUUCUCGCUGGCCCUAUUGAGAAGGAUGCUGCUUUCACUGAGAAAGCGAGGCCAAAAACUGGCGCCCCAGUAAUACCAGUGGCUAUACCCGAGGAAGUAAACUCUCUGGCUGUAUUUGGAGACGAACUUGUAUACGAGGAGGCAGACCCACAGUUCCAGAACCCCCGGAGAGAUCAAGUGUGCGAAAGUGAAGCUUCGAUUGGUUGCAAAGACCGAUGUAUCACAAUAGAUGCAAACUGCCUGUGCGGCACGAACGGAAAGACUUACAGAAACGUUUGUGAGAUGGCUUGUAUGAGAAAGGUUGACAUGGAGACCAUCAAUGUUCGCAACGUGGGCAAAUGUGAACCUCGGGAAGGAACAACUCAACCACCGACUGAAGAAAUUAUAGAAGAAGUUUGCUCGGCUGAGAGGGUCAUGAACUACAGAAAAAUGCUCAAGGAAUUGAUGACCACCAAGUACCUGGCUGAUCAUGUUAGAAGGUGUGAAAAGAUCUCAAACUGUAACCAAGCCAAGGUUGUGGUUCAAUUCGCCACCAAAAGCGGAUCCCAGUCCAUAAUGGAAUGUCCAGAGAACUUGCCUGCGUUCUUCCUUUUCACAGGUCUCGAUUGUGCAGGACCUGCAGUUCAUAAGAAAUCGAUUUCAACAUCAGAGUUUAAUUUAGCUGAUUAUCUGCUUCACUUUUUACUUGCCAUAUCAACAAAUUACGUGGAUACGACUCUUCAAAGUGUCUUCAAUAAUGAAACAGUCGUUAACUGUAAAUCUGCUGGAAAGGUCAGAAACAGACUGUUCAACAAGAAAAACUGUGGAUGGAGCAAUCAUGGACCAACUGAAAAGGAGCUGGUGACUUGGUCAUUUGACAUUCUGGACGAAAACUACGACAGGCAGCUCGUUGAAAAGGAACUCAAUAUGCUAACCAACAUUCCCGACCAACAAUGCGGGGAGUCUUUCUUCAUGGAUUGUGACACGGACAUGGACGGCUUUAUAAGAGAGGAUGAAUGGAGCGUAUGUUUGGGGUGCCCAGACUGCUACAGGCCCUGCUUGGUCUACCAAUCCAAGACGAUGACGGACUCCAAGACCAGAAGAUACGUUCAGCCCAUCGUAACCUGCGAGGCAGAUGGGAGCUGUGCCAGCAAGCAGUGUGAGAAGCUGUGGGCCCUUCACGAAGUCUGCUGGUGUGUGGAUCGACAGUGUAACGAGAUCGAAGACACCAGAUCUUACGCAGCAAUGGAUUGCAGCGCCAGGCGGUAGAUUCCACACUACAUCUACCCGCAACGAUUUGUUGUCCAUCAACCAGAUCAAAUUAACCUGAUUCUUGAACCUUGACUUGGUAGAAAGCUACAAGCGAUUGUUGGCUAGCCAAAAAAUACUCUUAGUUCUGUAGGAUCGUCGCAUCACGUGCAUGAGAUUAUGCGACCUCAUUUUUGCAAAACAUAAGCAUGACAACCAUGUUAGAGGUAUUACUAAGACGCAGCUCGUCGUCAUGACAACCAUGUUCGAGGUAUUACUAAGACACAGCUCGUCUGCAAGGCAAAGACGAGUUUUUGUGCAGAAACGUGACCUUCGAAGUCAUAUAUUUCAAGAAAGGAAAUAAGCACACCUACGACGUUUCGAAGAAGUAUCACCCGAAGUUUUAUCUGAGUCAUAUCAUCGUCUUACUUGCUUCAAACUCCAAAGAUAAAAACUGUAUCACACUCAAGAAGAUAUCAACAUAAAAGAAAGCUUUGAGGAUUUAAAGAUUUACUCCGUCAAAAGAGAUCCGCCUCAAACUAAAAUUGUCCAAGACUCGGAAGUAUCAAAACAUAACUGCUGGAAGGGAGUUAAAUCGUUGAUGAUAAUUUAUCAUAUUAGUUGAAACCCGCAGGCACGGUCUUCGAAUUAAAAAUGUGGUGAAUAGUGAUAGUGAAUAUUAAUUUUUGUAUGUUCACGUUUUAGCUGGAGGGUUCAAUUAAUAUGUACUUGAAAACUCUUUUAAAAUUAAAUUAAACGCUAUUAUUAGGUACAAUGCACGUUCAAUAGCUUUGAUUGCAUUCGAAAUUAUUUUAAUAUUAGAGUAUUGGAUUAAGUUAAGGAUCUUAAGUGCACAAUUUCGCUUCUUACUGUGUAAGCGCAAGCUAGUUCUAAAACAAGAGAUGAUGAAAACUGAAAAAAAUCAAACUUAAAUUUAAAUAAAAGUUUUACAUAUAUUUUUUUUUAAUUAGAACAUUCCUAUAGCCUAACUUAAAUAGGCUUUUAUUUCGACUUAAAUUUCACCAUUA